AUGUUUGUCCUUCUAUUCUUCCUGUAUGGCUAUGCCUCUGUGGCUGGUCUCAUUCUGUAUACACUACUGAUGGGUCCGACCGAUUUCCACAAGAAUGGACUCAUUGGUAAAUUUUACAUAUUCCUGGUGAGCGUACCUAAGCGACUUUGUACUUGUUGUUGCGGAAGUGAUUUUUUGAAAAGAGCUGAAAAGUAUUUCCUACAUUCUCGAAAUCCAAUCUUACAGCUCGUUUACCUUUCCCUUCUCUCCAUCAACGUUGUACUCUAUCUUUUCACAGUUUUCAAAGCCAUUCCUAAUUUAUAUGUUCCAUCUUACCAUCGCUACACUGGACUCGUUGCUCUCGUAUUGACCUAUUUUUCCUUUUUGAAAGCUUCCUUUUCCGAUCCUGGAUUUAUCAACAAGAACAAUGUCAAACAAUUUGAAAAAUCCUUUCCCUACGAUGAAGUCAUGUACAUUUCCGAACGAAAAUGCACCACUUGUGAUAUUAUCAGACCAGCUCGUUCCAAGCAUUGUCCACUUUCUGGAAAAUGUGUUGCAAAAUUUGAUCAUUAUUGUGGAUGGUUGAAUAAUGAUGUUGGUGAAUUGAAUUAUCGAUGGUUUCACUUGUUUUUAAUUUCAAAUUUCCUUCUCGUGGUGUACGCUGUGUAUAUCUAUGUCAUGACAUUGUGGAGUGUGGUGGAUGAGGAAAAUUUAUGGAAUGUUUCCUUCAUGACAAGUAAGGGAGAACGAGUGAAUGCCAGUUUGGCGAUCAUUUUGCAGUACAUGCUCUCUCGUUACAUUGUUGUGGUUGCUCAAUUACUAUUUAUUGCUGCGUGUGGUUUAAUGAUUUUUGGAUUUUGGGGAUAUCACUUUUAUUUGGUGUGUACCAAUACCACAACCAAUGAAACAUUUAAAAAGAAGGAUUUGGAACAAUUGUGGGAUAUUGUGACAAAAUAUGUUGAAACUAAGAAGAAAAAGUCCAAUAUUGAUAUUCAGAAAUUGUACGACGACUUGUAUAAGGAAGAAGAGGCGGCCAAUCAAAAGAAGAAUGAACAUCACGAUGAAGAACAUAAAAAGAAUGAAGAGAAAAAGAAACAAGUUCGAAAGGAAUGGAAAAUGAAAUUACUUGAAAAGAUGUGUGAAAUGGCUCAACAAAAUAAGAAGCUCAACUUGAAUUUAUACAAUCGAGGCAUUUGGAAUAAUAUUAAGGAAGUUGUUUUUCCACCUGCUCUGAACAACAAGCUAAGAUUUUUUGGAAAAUCUAACAAAUGA